AUGAAGGGGAGGGAGAUCCAGAGCAACGGGAUGAAUCUAGCGACCCGUUCGGGCGCAGACCCAUCUGCACCAUGGUCAACUCACCGAGACGACAUUCGUACACAGCCAGCCCUCAAUAAAGUUGCUUCUGGCUACGAAUAUCAGGCCAUAACCAGCAAUAAAUCUGAAACAAAUACGACUGCAAGACAAGCCCACAGAGAAUUAAGCCCUCAGGUUGGUUAUGACACAUGGGUUGUAUACCAGGUAUCCGUAAUGCUUCUUGAGACAAUAAGCCACAUUGACGCAAACCAUACCCUCAUGGCCAAGGUUGCUAGACUUCAUUGA